AUGAGAAACGCCACUGACACCUCCUCCAUCGAUCUUGAGUCGCUGGAGUACCCCGACGCGGUGGUGUUCGACCUGGACUACACGCUGUGGCCCUGCUGGUGCGACACGCAUCUCAGUCCUCCCAUCAAACGGGGAACCAGCGACCUUCAGGUGGAAGAUCGCAGCGGUUACGUGCUGAGUCUGUACAGAGACGUGCCCGAGAUUCUGAAACAUCUGCGCGAGAAGAAUGUCAAGAUUCUGGCUGCGUCGCGAACGGCCACCCCCGACGUGGCCAAGAGCAUUCUCAAGACGAUCAAAAUCGACGGAGAGCCGGUGCUCAACUACUUUGACGCACUGGAAUGGGGCCAGGGAACGAAAAUCAACCAUUUCAAAAAGCUCAACAAGAAAACCAAGGUGGAUUUCAACAAGAUGAUCUUUUUCGACGACGAACGACGGAAUAAAGACGUGGAGAGAAGCCUGGGGGUCAUGUUCAACCUGGUCGACGAGAGCUACGGUGUCAACUGGAGCGAGUUCAAAAGAGCCAUCAAAGGCUACAAUGAGAGAUUGAAGAGUGGACUGUGA